UAAUUUGUUCUAGGCAGACCGUGGGGAUUUUAUAACUCUGUUGCAUGAGCUCUCUGUAAUUGGAGUAGUUAGUUGGUGUGCGUUUGUGUAAUCUAAUUUAUCUAGUUUCUCAGACUGUACAUUCAACAUGGGGACAGAGCAUGUGGGGAAUGAUGUCGUUUCUAGAGAGAACUUUCAGCCAUGUGUCGAAGACAUACAGAGGUGGAUGGCUAAUGCCUUUGACAUGGCAAAAGAAGCUUUGGAGAAUGGUGAGGUGCCUGUUGGAUGUCUCAUGGUCUACAACAAUGAGAUUCUUGGAAAGGGGAGAAAUGAAGUGAAUGAAACAAAAAAUGCCACUCGCCAUGCUGAGAUGGUGGCUCUGGACCAGGUGCUGGAGUGGUGUCGUCAUAGAGACCUGGACCCCAGGACAGUGUGUGAGAGGACUGUGCUCUACGUGACUGUGGAGCCUUGCAUCAUGUGUGCAGGAGCUCUUCGCCUGACCAACAUUCCUCUAGUGGUCUAUGGGUGUAAUAAUGACAGGUUUGGUGGCUGUGGAUCUGUUCUAGACAUCCCCUCUGCUGAUCUACCUCACACUGGCUCAUCAUUUAAGUGUAUCUCUGGCUUCAGAGCAGAGGAAGCAGUGGAGAUGCUGAAGACUUUUUAUAAACAGGAGAACCCUAAUGCUCCCAAGCCGAAAACAAGGAAGGAGUGAGAUUUUGAUUUUGUCCAGCAGGGGGCUCUAGACUUUAAGAAAUUAGGUGAGGAGCAGAGAAGGAUGACGUAAAGGGAGUAGCUAACCAAGCUUUUUCCCUAAAUAGACUUGGAUUUGUCUGUCUGACAAAGGAAUCAAAUAGAUUUUUUUGUGUUCUCACUUAUUUGCUCAGCUGUUUGUGUUAGCACUCAUUUUAAUUUUCAUAUUAUUGACCGUAUAUUAGACCCUUGCAGUAUAGUUUGUCUGGACACUAUCCAGGACCUGGAAAGUGUCUUGAUUGCUGCAACGCUUUGCAGGCUCUGUAUCUUUCCUGUGUGGUUGGCUAUGUGAGGAGCUGCUGCUGACUUUAUUAUGGUUAUUAGUGUACAGUACCAAGUAGACAGAAACUGUCCGGACUGCAUUAUUGUCUGGGUUCUCUUCUUCUCCAUGUUCUCAUCUAACCCAGAUGUGAUCUCACUCCGAGCACCCUGGGUCUAGGAUGAGCUGAGCUUAAGGCAGGUGCCAGGGGCCCCUCAGCAACCUCUAAAGGAGCUCUCUCUCUCUGGCGUCAGUCAUCAACUGCCGUCAUGGAUCUGAAAUCAGUGUUGCCCCCCCGAGGCCAUUUCCUACUCCAAUGUAUCAUGUCUGUGAUAGUUUCUGUGUUUGGUAUGCAUGUCUUGGAUUGUUAAGUACUGGUGUCGUCAUGUACAAUAGGAUGGUGGGGUUCUCUACUUUGAAAAUGUUGUGAUUACUAAGUGGCAUAGCUGUUUUGUGAUUUAUUUAUUUUCUGCUGAAGAACAAAUACGUAUUCACACCGUUAGUCUCAGCGGGAGAAGGAACACUGAAUAGUAUAAUAGACUGGGAGCGCCCAUGCAGACAGUCCUGUCUCUCCUACUGAAUGACUAGGCCAGAAAUCACUUCAGAGGGACCAUAUUUCAAUGAGGGACCAACUUAUUUCAGAUCAGAAAGGAGACAAAUGUCCGUUCCAUCGACUCCCGCGGGUAUUUUGAUCUCAGUCUCAGUAACCACCAACACUCACACCAGGACUGCAGUUUGGUGUGUGACAAACGGAAUGUGUUUGUAGCAUAGAGCACAGCUGUGUGGGGUAAUAGUCAGUCUGAAACGCCUCCCCGUCACUUGCAGCAGGCAGGCAGCAUCCCUCAGCCUUAAAGAGAGGUCUCUUCCCUGGACAGGAUCAGGAACAGAGGAACUCACCGCCCCGUCAGCAUCAGACAGUUCCGGUUGUACCAGCUCCAAAUGACCUGCUGUAGCUUUCACUAUGGUUUAAAACGCUCUCUUGUAAAUCUAAUCAAAUGUUUUUAAAUGCGUAAAAUGUUCUCUUUAUUUAGUUCAACUACCGUGUGUGGUUUAUUCACCAAUGUUAAUGUUGUGGAUAAACACUUUGUGAAGGUGACAAUGUAAGUUUGAAGAAUUGCGAACCUCUAGCUAGUGAUCACCAUUGCUAUAUCUACAGGAAAUUUGACAAUUUAUUUCAGAUUUUCAGUAACUGACUGGUGUUUGAGAGUUUAUUCUACAAUAAGAGAACAGGGAUUAUCACCUA